AUGAGUUUACCUUAUGGUGUGUUUGGUGUUGGGGCAAAUGAAACACAGUCAUUAGCAGUCAUAGAGGGAGAUUCUGUCACUCUAUACACGGAUGUUACUAAAAUACAUGCAGACGAUGACAUACUGUGGAAAUUUGGAUUUGAUAACUUUCUCAUAGCAAAAAUCAGCAUACAGAAAAAAAUCUUCUACACAUGUGAUGGCAUUAAUGAGAGAUUCAGAGACCGUCUGAAGCUGAACAAUCAAACUGGAUCUCUAACCAUCACAAACAUCACAAGUGGACAUGCUGGAAAUUAUCAAUUACAGAUAAGUGGUGCUAAAAGAUUGUCAAAAACAUUCAGUGUUUCCGUCUAUGCUCGUCUGUCUGUUCCUGUCAUCAGCAGUAACUCUUCACAAUGUUCUUCAUCAUCAUCACAGCAGAAUUGUUCACUGUUGUGUUCAGUGGUGAAUGUGGGUCAUGUGACUCUCUCCUGGUACAAAGGAAACCGUUUAUUGUCCAGCAUCAGUGUGUCUGAUCUCAGCAUCAGUCUCUCUCUACCUCUGGAGGUGGAAUAUCAGGAUAAAAACAGCUACAGCUGUGUGCUCAACAAUCCCAUCAGCACCCAGACCACACAUCUGGACAUCACUCAACUCUGUCACACAUGUUCAGAAGACCACAUCCACUGUUGUGGUUUUACUGAAGCUGUGAUCCGAUUGGUCGUCUCUGCUCUAGUGGGUGUGGUCACUGUUGCUUUCCUGGUUUAUGACAUCAGAUCUACAAGAGGAGGAGACAAGAAAUAGAUAUUGUAAAGUGUGACAUAUUCUGGAGUUUUGAUCUGUAACGAACAAAAUAUACACAAGGAUUUCAAUUCAAAUAUAGUUAUCAAAGAA